UUGGAUAUCAGUGAGAUUCUCCAUCUGAAUGUGUGCCAGAUACAAGAGGGGGUGGGGAGAGAUAUAGGCUAGUGAAGGGGCAGCUAAGGCCGGCAUCCUCCUACUAGAACUAGAACCAUGAUUACAUAAUACAUGAAGCAGUACACUGCAUAGUAAGGCUGUGGUAUCGUGCAAAAGCUGUGGCUGAGCGAUGGCGUUAAUUCUCCCCAUCAUCAACACUGUACUGAAGGGUAUCGUGCUAGUGAGUAAGCUAGGAAAUGCAACUACCAGGCUUGACGCCAAGAUCCAGAGUGGCCUCGGAUCGAUCAGCAGGGAGCUCGUGAUGAUCCGGAGUGCCAUUUUAGAAGACAAGUGCCAAGAGAUGCAAAAUUUGGAGUUGGUUUAUGAUAUCGAAGACUUCAUAGAUCAUCUCCGGGUUCCCGGAAAAAUUGCGGGCGGCGUGCUCUCAGCUGCGGGGGCGGACCCCCGCCAUGGACUAAUCGAGAAAAUCAACAUUUUCAGGGAAGACCUCAAGAGUGUAAUCAAGAGAGAAAGCGAGCAGCCAAAGAAGAUAUCUGAAUCGACUCAAGAGAGUCAGAGUGGAGCCUCCCCGUCUUCUUGUUAUACUCCAGAGAAGGAUCUGGUGGGCUUCCCGGAGACCAAGGACGACUUCCUGAAGCGGCUCUGUUCCCCAUCCGAUGAGGAACUGAGGGUGAUCUCCAUCGUGGGCUGUAGUGGCUUAGGGAAAACGGCCCUUGCAAGGGCAGUUUACGAGGACCAUACCAGUAGUUCAUUCCAAUGCAAAGCUUGGGUGGUGAUGCCGGAGUACAAAUACGGUAAAGACCUUUCAAUCACGAUUGUGCAGAAUCUGCGCAAAACCGUGGAGGAUAUUCUACAGAGGAUUCUGCAACAAGUUCGUUCAUCUUUAGAUGUGAGAGAAGAUCGUUCCGUGCCAUCAGCAAGCAACGGUACCGACCCGGCAAGUGGCGCGAGCACCGCAGAAGCUUUGCGGAGUCUACUGAUGAAAAAAAGGUAUCUGGUCUGUAUUGAUGAUGUACAACAGAAAGAAGUAUGGGACGAGAUAGAAGCUGUGCUCCCUGAAAAUUACAUGGGUAGCAGAAUACUUGUGACAACAAAUGUUCAUUCUAUCGCCAAAGCUUGCAGUUCUGGCAGUUAUGUGUACAGAAUGCAAUAUCUUGACCGACCUAAUUCAGAAAAGCUACUAUGGUCAAAAGCUCUUCGGCCUUCACAGGAACCUUCAAAUGCCGUGGCCCAUUCCUCAGAAAGCAUCUUGGUUAAAUGUGAUGGCUUACCACUGGCGCUGGCUAGCGUAGGUAAAUAUUUGAAGGGGGCAGAACAAUUGGAGUCCAAAUGUGAACAUGUGGGCAGAACACUUGGUGAUUUCCUGGCAGGUGAUGGAACCUACUUUUACUUCGCAGAGAUUAGAAGAGCACUUUUCCGGUGUUAUGACAACCUGCAAGACUACAGUCACAAGAACUGCCUGCUUUAUGCAAGCAUGUUCCCCAGGGGUCACCCGAUAAACAUCGAAAGUCUAGCCAGAAGAUUGGUAGCUGAAGAGUUAGUUGACAAAGAUGUCGACAGAGGAAUAGCUGAAGCAUUGGGUUUCACCAGUAGGUGCUUGGAGGAGUUGAUCAACCAGAGUAUGAUUGAGAGAGAGAGAGUACUUGUUGACAAGGAUGUUCAGAGGUAUAAACUCCAGAGUAUAAUUCUGGAGUUUAGCAUGGAGAUGUCCUUGUCUAAGAAUUUUUUCAGUCUGAUUGACGAGCACUGGACCAUACGGAACAAAGGUGGUCGUGUCCGCCGACUGGUCACCGUCCAGUCCAGGUCCAGCACCGAAGAUGGAAGCAGUGGAGUUCCAAGUGAUAUUGAUCUGUCAACCGUCAGGUCGUUAACGAUCUUGAAACGUAACCUUGUUAAACGGGCACCAGGGUAUUUCAAGGAUUGCAAUGUUCUGCGGAUGGUGGAUCUGGAAGGUUGCACUGGGCUUGACAAUGGCGUUGUUGAUGAUAUAUGUGGACUGGUGCUUCUCAACUAUCUCGGCCUCAGGAGAACUGACGUCGACAAGCUUCCCAAGGAUGUAGGCAACCUGAAGCAUUUACAGACACUUGACAUUCGAGAGACCAGGGUGCAAAGUUUGGCCAUGGAAGUCAUCAUGUUGCCAGGUUUAGCCUACCUGUUUGGCAAGUUCGAGCUGCAAAAGUUAACUGACGGUGGGGUAAAGUUUCGCCUUGUGAAGUUCUUGUCGAGGGAAAGUAAACUGCACACUCUCUCAGGAGCUCUUAUGAAUGGGGCAAGGAGUCAUGAUGUGUUGCUCGUUAUAGAACAUGCAAGAAUGCUGAAGAAUGUCAAACUAUGGUGCAAGAACACUCAAGAUGGCCAAGCUCCCAACCAACUCGGAAAGAGAAAGAAGUUCCCUUGUGGUGCCGGACAGUCGUCGUCUGUCGGUGCGCCAGAUUCAGCAGAUCCGGAUUCUGUGGGCCGGAUACUCCGGCUCCUUCAGAAGCGCUCCAUCGGUCUCGAGUCUCUGUCCAUUGACUCGAAUGGUGUCUCCAAUGGCUUUCUGAGUUUUCUACAGCCUGCCAGCACUAUCACAUCCCUAAAACUACGGCGAGGAUCGGGUACUCUGCCGGACAAUGCCGUGUUAGAUCAGGUACGUAAUCUCAACAAAUUGCACCUCUUCUCAGCUGGACGCAGCAUCCAAGAACUGGCAGAAGCACUGCAAAGAUUGCCUUGCUUGGUGCAUCUCAAGCUCGCCGAGAAGGAAUCUCAACUGUGGGACGGCAACUUCCACGUCGAGGCUAGCGGAUUCAACAGCCUUAUUUGGCUGUGCUUCCAAGCCAAGAAACAUCCGCGUAUCAGCACCGAAAAUGGGGGCAUGAAACAUCUUGCCUCUCUUCUGCUGCUCUGUCCAGAAUCUCCUCCUCCUGAGACGGAUGGGGCUAACUACCAAAAGAAACAGAAAAGGUUCCAACUGUUUCCCAGAAUAGAAGAAGAAGAAGAAGAAGAUGGAAUAAUGGAGGAUCUUGACCCUCAUGCGCUGCUUUGUCCACACUGUCCUCAUGUUCAGAUGAAAGAGCCCCGGGUGGGAAUAGAAGAAAAGGUUGGAGUCAAGGGUAUAUCAUUUCUUAAAAAUCUCAACGAGGUGAUACUCCACCAUUCUGCUCCUACUACAAUAUUGGAAGCAUGGAAAAGAGCUGCAAAUCUACACACCAAUAAGCCCUACGUGAAGAAGCAACCUAUUGGAGAUGCUCUAAUACUGAAGCUAUAGCUACUUCUCUUAAGGUUCUAUAUCCCGGCCUAUGAGAUUGUUUUCGUCUAUUUCAUUAAUUCCGUAUUGUUCAGUCUAUGAAUAAUUCUUAGGGUUGCAUGUGUCCUCCCUAUUUUUAUUAUACAUGUGUCAUGUGUUCUAUGCGAAUCAAACGAACUGGAUUACUGUAAUAAUAUAGGGAAACAGGUGUCGAUACAUAUUUGUAAGCGCAUUAUAGUUUGCUAUGCAUGGAUUGAUUACUAA